AUGACCGACAAGCUCCCACCCAACCUUCUCGCGUUGUUCGCCGCGCGCCCUCCCUUAAAAUGGCUCGACCCUCCCGACCACGCGCCCGAAAAGCGCGUGACUUCGGCCAUUGACAGUGUUAGCUCGUACAUGCCAGCACUGCAGAAGUACAAGGAAGAGGAUGUCUACCAUCCGACGGAGAGUUGGCUAGAGAGGAAGGAUAGGAAAAAGCAGGAGAUGAAGGCCAAGCUUCAAUACCAGAAGGACAACCUCGCCACACUCUACAAGCCAAACGAAGAUCCCAACAUCCGUGGCGAUGCUUUCAAGACUCUUCUCGUUGCCCGACUAAGCUACGAGGCUGACGAGCGUGACUUGGAACGGGAGUUUGGACGCUACGGUCCCAUCGAACGUAUCCGUAUCGUCAAAGACACUCAUGCGCAUGAGAAGCCCAACAAGAAGGUGAAGCCACACAGAGGCUAUGCCUUUGUCGUAUUUGAGCGCGAAAAAGACAUGCGAGAUUCUUGCGAUGGCAUGCGCAUCAAGGGUCGAGAAAUCAAGGUUGAUGUCGAGCGUGGACGCACAGUCCGCGCAUGGGUACCCCGUCGUUUCGGAGGUGGUCUGGGUGGACGGAACUACACCAAGGUUGCCAGUCGACCUGCUAUGGGAGGAUAUGGCGCUCCCGGCGGCGGCUAUCGUGGAGGAUUUAGAGGUUUCGACAGUGGCCGUGGCCGAGGAGGCGCCCGAGGCGGAUUCGGCGGAGGCCGUGGUGGUGGCGGCUUCCGACGAGAAGGCGGAUUCGGCGAUCGAGGCGGCGACCGCGGCUACGGUCCCCCGAGCGGUGCUCCCUCCGGUCCAGGUGGCUACGACCGCAGGAAUGGAGACCGUGGAUCUUCAUAUGGUGGGUAUGACCGCGAUGGCGGGCGCUCAUAUGACAGACGCGACAACCGAGACGGCGGCCGCUUUGGAGGGCGCGACAAUCGAAGAACUGGAGGCAACAUGGAACCCGUGGGCGAGGGCCGCCGUGGGCGUGACGAUCGGCCCCAGCGCGAUUUUGACCGGCCUCGCGAAGGUGACAGCAGAAAGCGUGGUUACGACGACGACUACAACGAUUCGCGCAAGAUGCCUCGAUACUAG